AUGCUUGCUAUGAUAAGGAUCCCGAUUGCAACCAAGAAAUUUGUCGCACUUUGCCAUACACAGCCAAGGAACGCUGCCCUAAAUUCUGUGGCCUCUGCCAAUCCUCGAUCCGAAAAGCUGAGUGGCAGCUUGUGUUUUGACAAGGAUCCGGACUGCACCAAGGAAACCUGCCGGGACUACCCGUUCACAGCGAAGGAGCGAUGCGCAAAAACAUGCGGACAUUGUGGCGCUGGCUCAACAUCAACUUCCAUUUCAUCCUCUUCCAGGAUAGCUUCGGGUGAGAUAUCACCAAGCCGACAUGCUUCUAUUCGCACCAACGAACCCGGAGCUAUCGGCGGGAAAGAACUGGAAUGUAUCGAUUUGGACACGGACUGCAGUCAAGAUACCUGUAAGAAUUACCCGUACACAGCCAAAGAACGUUGCGCCAAAACUUGCGGAUUCUGCCGCAAGGAAGCAACUGGUGCAGCUUCCAGCCGACAGUCCUCUCUGCCCGAUUCACGUCGUGGCAGUACCAUUUCGCACUCCUCUGCUGCAGGCUCAAGAAGAGGUUAG